AACAAACCAGAGGGGCACUUCUAAGACAGGAACAUCUUCAGGAUGGACAUCUUCCUUCUCUGCGUGUUCCUGCCUCUGGUGACUGUGGCAUGGGGCCAGUACAGUGACUAUUACUAUGGUCCCUAUAAUUAUGGAGAUAAUGAUGAAUGGGCCAAUGUGUACCGGCAAGGUUUCAACUUUCAGUGCCCACAUGGGCAGGUGAUCGUGGCCGUCAGAAGUGUUUUCAGCAAGAAGGAAGGCUCUGACAGACUGUGGAACUAUGCCUGCAUGCCAGCAUCCCAGAGCCUCGGUGAGCCGACAGAGUGCUGGUGGGAAGAGAUCAACAGGGCAGGAACUGAAUGGUAUCAAACCUGCUCAAACAACGGGCUGGUGGCUGGUUUCCAGAGUCAGUAUUUUCCAUCGGUGCUGGACCGUGAAUGGCAAUUUUACUGCUGCCGCUAUAGCCGGAGGUGCCCAUAUUCCUGCUGGUUAACAACAGAAUAUCCAGGACACUAUGGAGAAGAUAUGGACAUGAUGAUGUACACUUACGACUAUUAUAUCCGUGGGGCAACCACAACGUUCUCUGCUGUGCACAGGGAUCGUCAGUGGAAAUUUAUUGUCUGCAGGAUGACAGAUUAUGACUGCCCAUUUCAAAAUGUUUAAAAAGAUUGAGUGUACUCCAUUUGGAAAGCUUGGGGACAGACAGGGUGGGAUGAGGAUUAGUGAUUACAGGAGAAGGUCAGUUAGGCUCACAAAAAAGUACCAAGACUCAUUAGCUGUCUGCUGAAGAUAUAAUUCCCCUCUGGAGCUAAUACAUAAAUUGCCAGCCCACAUGCUUACAACAGUGAAUUCAGAGGAUUCUUCCAAGCUGCACUGACAGUUGUAUCCCCCAAUUAAAUUUGCUUAUGACAAACAUGCUUAUGAUACACAAAUCUAUGGCACAUGCACAGUUACCUUUCUUAUAUAUACAUAUAGCCAUUCUAAACAUGUACAACUUCCUUUCACACAGAAACUCUGUAUAAAUGGCUUCCCAGCGCAGUCGCUCCAAAUGAGGUGGAAAUAUAUUAUACACUUCUCAACAUACACUAGACUUUCCUGACUUCUACUUGGAAUGAAUCCAGUGAUCCCUACCAGCUUCUCAGAGUUUAGUAGCUGGAGGUGUGCAGAAAAUGGCAUUGGGAGGUCUCUGAUGGGCUGCAUCUGGUGUUACCUGUUACGGCCCUCAGCGUAACUCCACUGCAACAAAGGUCUGCCCACACAGGGGAAUUCCGAGUACUUACAACAGAAAGAUAUUAAUAACUGAUAAAAAUGAGAGUAGAUCCAUCAAUAAAACCAGAAAUCUAACCCAGCUUUACUGAGAGUCUCUUUUAUAUUGUCUUAAAAAUCUCUAAUGACAAGACUAACCAAGAGCUCUACUCUGGGCAAAGCCAGGAAUAGGUCAGGCCACUCACUCUCAGUAAAUAUGGAUACUGCAUUCUUCAGGAGUCUGCUUUUCAGGUGGAUUGGGUUUCCUCUGUGGGUGCCUGUACAACAUCCAUCUGCCUUUGGUAAUACAUUCUUGGCUUAGAAUAGACAAAUAAAGCUAGUGACUUAGGUGACCUUAUUUCCUCCAACUUGCAAAUCCUAUUCCCUGUAAAGUAUAAAAUAACCAUGUUCCAAGACUGCACAGCACUUGUGCAGCUAUAAUCCAACAAGAAAGACUGUUGAUCUGUUUCAGGAAGAUCUGAGAUAGGAUUUUCACUCUUGAACAAGCCAGAAUUUAGGGUUCAGUUUCUUAGUUGAUGACUUUAAUCUUGAACUUAGCAGUUGGUGGUGGUGGCUCAAAGGUCCAUGAUGACUCCACGUGCCAAUUUAAGGUUGCAAUGCUUCAUAGGAAACAGUGGUGUGAGCCAGCAAGUUUCGAUAUUCCAAGCAUUUUUAGCAUGUUUACAAGCAUACCCUCAAGCAUGAGCAUUAAAACUUCACUUGUCCAAUAAAGGAAUGAUAGAUUUUG